AUGAGGUUUACGACCAAGGUGUCGUCUUCGCAGGAGGCUAGAGUUGCUAAAUCGGCGAUGUCCGAUCAGUCUUUUACAUUUUCCGUGAAAAAAUCAGAGGUGUCUAAUGGAGCGGCUAUCACGGGUUCGGAGAGCGAGGGAGCUGUCGGCGGAGAACCGCUCAAAAAAUCAAGUACACUCAACGUUAACCGCGAACAAAUUGAAGAUUUCACCAGCGUCCGCGACAAAAUCUUCCCUGUGAUUAAAGCGCGCUCUUGGGUCGACGCCACGAAGGAUUUACUCGUCAAAAUUGAUCCCAAAAGUAAAGCGGGUGUCUUAUUCACGCCAUUGAAGAACAUUCCGGGUACAAAACUUGGCUACACGCUAGCGAUUGUUAACGACAGUCACCGCACUGAUUCACUUAACUUCAUCUUGACGAGCCAUUUAGAAGCUUGGACCACCUCAGAGAGUGUUCUGCAGGAGGUGGCGCUAAAAAAUUUGGAACAAAAGCUGGACAGUCUCGGGGAAAAUCUCUGGAUGCAAAGCAAGACAGGUAUUCACUACAUUGAUAAUUUAGGAUCGAUAUCAGCAUCUGUUCUCUUACUCCCGCGUUUCAUAGCGCGGUUGGAUGUAGAAAACGGUGACGCUGUGAUUGUUGUGCCUUCCAGUGAUCUCUGCAUGGUUGUAGGGUCCAAAAUGGAGACACGGCUCUGCAUCGUAGGAGAAAUGUCUCUUCGAUAUUCCAGCGAUCCGCAUCACUUGAACGCGAGACUUCGUUUGAGUAAGUCAAGAAUGAUAAUCGCAAAUUACACACCGAAAUCUUACGCCGGAGAGUUUCCCGUUCCGUCGACGCUCGAAGAAGUCGCUGGCCUAAAACUAAGGGUUACUCCGAUUAAAAGGAAAAAAUAA